AUGGUUGAUUUACCAUCAGUGAAACAAUCUUAUACGAUUACAACAACUAAUGAACUUAAAUCACGAGCAUUUAAAAGUAGUGUAGGUGUUUUACCUAUACGUCGUAGUGAAUCAAUACCAGAAUUAAAUUUAGUUCAUUUACGUGGACGAUCAGUGAUGGCAACAGGAGGAAAUAAUGAUGAUUUAGCAAGUAGUCGUGUAGGUACGAAUACUCCAAUAACACCAAGACGUCCAGUACCUUUAACAGAAUUGAAUCAAAUGAAUUUUAUUGAACGUCGUGAACCAUUACCAGCUAUUUUACCAGUGGUUGGUACAACACAUACAGCUACACUUCAAGAAAGACAACCACAAAAAAAACCUAUUAUUCAAAUACCAGUAGUAAAAAAACGAAAAAUUGAUGUUAUUAUCACUGAAUCUGAAGUAUUACCACGAACAACACCACGAUCUGUUGUUAAUCGUAUGAUUAAUGAAGCACGAUUAUUAACACAACCUAUUGGUGAUCGUACAACACCACAUAGUCGUUUAUCUAGUAAACAACAAUCUUAUGGUACAUCAUCAAGUAUGUCAAUAACUCAACAACAACAACAACAACAACAAGUUAUAACAACACCAAACGAUGAUCCAACACGUGCAGCAGUUGAAAAUUUAAUAGCAUCCAUAAAAUCUAAACAAUUACAAGAAACUCAACGACAAUCAGAUCGUAAAAUUCUUGAUAUUAUACAUCGUGUACUUGGUCGAACAGUUGAUCUUGUUUAUGAUGAAGAUGAACAAGAAAAAAUUCAACAUGAACAUGAACAACAAAUAAAAAGUGAAGAAGAAAAACGAAUACCUAUAAUUAUUGAAGAAGAAAAUAUGAGUGUUAAUUUACGAGCACCAGAUGUUAGUCGAAUGGAUCUUGACAUUGAAGAUGAAAAAGAUCAAGAAAAAGAAUAUGAAGAAGAAGAAGAAGAAGAAGAAAAUAUUGAUGAAAAAGAUAAAAGUCGUCGUAGAAUUAAAUUAACAGAUGAUGAUGAAAAAAUUGAUAUGUCUAAUGAUCCACUCUAUCGUCAUAUAUUAUUAGGAAUAGCUGAUGAAGAUUUAUUAAAUGUACAAGGUACUCGAAUAAAUGUAUCAACACCAGUAUUUGAAAAAAAUCAAGCAUUACCUAUUAAAAAAGUUAAACAUGAUGAUAAAAGUAUUCAUCAUUUUUGUAUUCAAAUGUCUGAUAAUAAAGAUAUUAUGUCAAAAGAAGUUCGAUCUAUUACUCAAUUAUAUCAUGAACGAGCUCGAUUUCGACAUCAAUUACCUAUGUCUUCAACAUAUUAUAAACAUGGACAAAUACCAACUUUUUCAAUUCGAGAAACUAUUGAAAAUGAAGAACAUGAAGAAAAAAUUUCAUAUCCAGUUCAAUCGAAUACUCCUUCAAUUCCUUAUGAUGGUUUAAUGUCGUUAGAUACUGAUCUUAAUGUAUGGCAACGUCGUGCUGCUCAACGUGUUCAACCAAAAAUUGAUGGCAAUUCAGCACUAUCUCAAGAUCCAUAUCUUAUUCGUUUAUGGACACCAGCACCACCAAAAAUGUAUAUUCAUCCACGUCGUAUAAAAGAACAUCUUUUUGUUGAUUAUACAUCGACUGCUACGAAAGAUAUUGAAGAUAAUGAAGAUGAUGAAUUAUCUAUAGCCGAUGAACAUAAAUCUAUAUUUACAAAUUUUAGUGAACCAGAUCCAUUAAUAGAACAAUCUUUUAUUGUUCCUGUUAUAAAACCCUAUAAAUCACUUGAACAUUUACCAUCAACAAUUGAUCAUAGUGAUGAAUUUCAAAUGCUUCCAACUAUGAUUCGAUUAACUCGUUCAUGUUCAGAUUUAACAGCCGAAACUGCUAUUCGUUUUGAUACAAGUUAUGCAUUUACAUUAGAUGAAACAAAACAUCAAAUUGAAGCUCGAAAAAAUAUUAAAUUAGAAGUAACAAUACCAGCGUCAGUUCCAUUUGAUGAAACACAAAUUAUAUCAUCUGGAUCAGUUGACGUAACAACAAAUGUCAAAGAAAAUCUAGUUAACGAAAAAGAAUCAAUUAUUAAUGAAAAACCUGAAGAAUCUUCAGGAGAUUUUAAAUAUUUUCGAAAAACAAAUCGUUCAGUACAUUAUGAACAAGCUGUUGCUAGGGGUCGUCGAUUUAUGCCAAGUGGUCGUCUUCGAGCAAGUCGUCGUGCUCGAAAAGAUGCUCAUUUUUGGGAACGUAUUGAUGCUAUUGUUGCUAUUGCUUCUGCUCCACCACGUUAUCCACCUAUAUCACGACGUCAUUCAUUUCAUGAAGCAAUAUUUUAUGAACGAAAUCAUCCACAUACAUUAAAAGAAAAAUUUCGUCAACGUCGUACAAGUCUUGAACGUGAUAAACAAAAUUUUGAUGAUAUUAUUAAAACAAAAUAUAAAUUUGAUGAAACACGUAUUAAAUCAGCUGGUAAACGUUUAUUAAAUGAAUUUGAAUGGACACGUGAUUUAUGGUAUAAUUGGCUUGAUGAAUAUAUAGCUGAAUUAGAUAAACGUGAAUCAAUAAGACAAGAAAAUGAAAUAAAACAACAAAGUACUGUUACAGCACCACAAGAUGAAUCAUUAAUAACAACUACAAAUGAAAAUGAAAUUGAUGAAAAUCAAAUGAAAAAAGGACCAAGUAUACAACUUGAACCAAUAACAAAUCUUCAAUUAGCUGAUAGUGAAGAACGUCGUUUAAUUGAAGAUGAAAUACAUCGUUUAACAAUAUUAAUUAAUCGUGAUUCACGUGAUGUAUUUAGUUUAACACGACGAGGAGGUUUAUUACGUAAACUUGGUUUAUUUCAUGAUGCUCUUAAUGAUUUAUCAUUAGCUAUUUAUAUUGAACCAUCAUUUAUGGAUGCUUAUUGGCAACGUGCACUUAUUUAUAUGAUAUUUGAACAUUAUGAUGAAGCAUUAGAUUCAUUAAAUAUGUGUAUUAAAUUUAAUAAAACUCAUGCUGGUGCUUAUAAAUUACGUGGUGAUGUAUAUUCAAUUAAAAAUGAUUUAGCUUUAGCCAUAGCUAAUUAUUCACAAGCUAUUCGUUAUAAUCCAACAGAUCAUGAAGCUUAUUAUCAACGUGCACAAACUUAUGAACGACGAAAUGAAAUUCUUUUAGCUAUGGAUGAUUAUGUACAAGUAACUCGAUUGAAUCCAAAAAAUAUUGAUGCUUGGUAUAAACAUGCUAUGUAUUAUUUUAAUACAAAUAAUUAUGAUUAUGCUAUUGGUGAUUUUACAGAAUUAUUAAAACGUCAAUCAGAUCAUGUUACAGCACGUCUUUAUCGUGGUAUUUCAUAUUUCUAUCUUGAAUAUUAUCAAUUAGCUUUAGCUGAUUUUUCUGCUACACUUCAUUAUGAUCCAUCAAAUUGGGAAGCUUAUUAUCAUCGUGCUUGUCUACUUCGUACAUGUAAUCCAGCUCAAGCAUUAAAAGAUUUUAGUAUAUCAUUAUUAAUUAAUCCUGAAUAUGAAAAUGUUGGUGCAUAUCUUCAUCGAGCAUUAAUUUAUUGUCAACAAAAUCAAUUUGAUGCAGCUAUUGCGGAUUAUGAAGCUGUAUUAAUAUUAGAUCGUGAACAUGCACCAGCAUUAUGUAAUUUAGCUAUUAUUUAUAUGAGAACAAAUGUACAAAAAGCUUUACAAUUAUUUUCAAGAGCUAUUGAAGCUGAACCAACAUAUGUUCGAGCUUAUUUUUGUCGUGCUUAUUUCUAUACUCAAAUUAAUAAAUUACAACAAGCUUAUUCAGAUUAUACGAAAAUUUAUCAUAUGUUUCCGGAUCAAAAUGCUGCUAUGGUACUUCGAGGAAAUAUACUUCUUGCUAUGGGACAACUUGAUUUAGCAUCAUUCUGUGUUGAAGUAGCUGCUAAAUUACAAUCAUUAUCUCAUCCUGAAGAAGAUGGAUUGCCAUCAAUAUCAUCUUCAAUGAAAAUGAAUGCAUCAAGUCCUCAACAACAAGCUAUUGUACAUUCAUUUCUUGAACAAUUUGAUUAUGCUUUAUCAAUUAUGGAACGUGAAUGUUCAUUUCAUCCAACAGCUGCUAAUUAUCGUAUGCUUGGUAGAUUACGUAUAAAAGCUAAACGAUUUGAUGAUGCACGAGAUGCAUUUGAAAAAUGUAUACAAGCAUGUCAAAAUACUAUUACUGAUCAAACAACUGAACUUCAUGGUGCUUAUUUAGAUUUAAGUAAAUGUCUUAUACAACUUAAACGUUAUCCACAAGCUAUAGAACAAUUAACUAUACUUAUAAAACUUCAACAAGCAAAUCCAAAUGCUGAAGCUUAUUUACAACGUGGUAUUGCUAAAAUGAGAAUGUUUACUAAAUAUACUGCACAAGAAUUACUAAAAUUAUCAUCAAAUAGACGACCAUUAUUAGAUAUUAAUAAAGCACUUGUUAUUGAACAAAAUAGUGCUGAAGCAUAUCUUGCACGAGCUGCUUGGUAUGCUCGUUGUGAACGUUAUUCAAAAGGUGUAUUAAAUUGUAAUCAAGCUAUUCGUUUAAGUCCAAAACUUGUUCGUGCUUAUCUUUAUCGUGGUUGUUUAAAAUAUUCUCUUCGUCUAUAUGAACAUGCUAUUAAAGAUUUAUCAAUAGCAUUACAAAUUGAUCCAUCUUGUUCACAUGCAUAUUAUAAUCGUGCAUUAUGUUAUGUACGUCGAGGAAAUCUUUCAUUUGCAUUAAAAGAUUUUGCUAUUGUUUUAUGUCUUGUAUCAACAAUAAAAAAUAGUAAAACACAAUUACUUGAACUUGAAACAUAUGUUAAUCGAGGUUUAUUACAAUAUGAACAUAAAGAUUUUGAAAAUUCAUUAAUAGAUUUUCAACAUGCAUUACAAUUAGUAUUAACAUCGAAUGAUGAUAAAAGAAUACAAUUACUUAAACAUAAAUUAAUAUAUACAAUUGGACAAUGUCAUCAUCGUUUAGCACAAUUUGAUAAAGCUAUUGAACAAUUUAUAUCAUCAGAAAUAAUUGAACAAACUACAAUAGAUAUGAAUUUUCGACAUGAUUUAUGGAUAGCUCAAGCUAAUGUUUAUAUGGAUAUUGGUGAUGAUAAAUCAAAAUUACAAGCAACAAAAUUAUUUGAAUUUGUAUUACAUGAAAAUCCUUUACAUGAAAAUGCACGACUUAAUCUUGGUUAUUGUUUUCGACAACGUGGUUAUUAUCAACGUGCUUGGAUACAAUUUUCAGCUAUUCUUCAUUUUAAUCCAUCACAUGUACGUGCACUUGAAGCACGUGCUAUUGUUUGUUUACAAAUGAAUCAUCCAACAGAAGCAUUUAUUGAUCUUAAUCAAGCAUUACGUUUUCAACCAUCAUCAGCUCAAUUACUUACAAAUCGUGGUGUUAUUCAACAAUUUUUAGGUGAUAAUAGAAAUGCUAUGUGUGAUUAUCGUGCAGCUAUGCUUGCUGAUCCAAAUAAUGCAUUUGCACAUUAUAAUGCAGGAAAUAUACUUAUGUUUCAUGGACAAUUUCCACAAGCUAUUAGUUUAUUUGAUCGAGUUUUAGAAAUAAAUCCACGAGAUGAAGCAGCAUUAACAAAUCGUGCUAUAGCUAAAGUUGUUUUAAAACAAUAUGAUAGUGCACGUGAAGAUCUUGAACAUGCUUUAAGAAUUUCACCAUUAAGUGCACAUAUUUAUGUAGAUCUUGGACAAUUAUUAUUAACAAUGAAUGAACCAUAUGAAGCAGAAAAACAUUUUUCACGAGCUUUACAAAUUCGUCCAUGUGAUCCAGUUGUGUAUAAAUGGCGAGGUGAUGCACGAUCAAAACAAGAUGAUAAACGACAAGCAGCUUUAGAUGAUUAUCGUACUUGUGUUGAACUUAAUGAUGCAUUACAAUUAGCACGAAAACAUGGACUUAUUAAAGCACCGACUAAAACUAGACGAAGAUUGUGA